AAACAAGCGUCAACAGGAGCAGCGACAACGUUUCUCCCCAAAGACUCAGGUUCUGAGCCUCAUGGCCGGAUCUAAAGAGCGCCCGGCAGCCAGGACCAGCUUCAUCCCGGAGCUACAGAGCAUGAUGUUCGCUCUGGGCGAUGCUCGCCGGCCGCUGCACGAGACGGCGGCGCUGGUGGAGGACGUCGUGCACACGCAGCUCAUCACCAUGCUGCAUCAGGCCUGCGAGGGGGCGUCGCUCCGCGGGUCCAGGGUCAUUUCAGCCGAGGACAUCCUGUUCCUGAUGAGGCGCGACAAGAGGAAGGUGGCGAGGUUAUUAAAAUAUCUCCAGUUCAGAGAUUAUAAAUCCAAACUACUCAAAACUCUGGAGGAUGAAGACGUGCAUCAGGACACCGACAGGUCGGCCGCGCCUCCAGGUGGCGUUGCCGGCGGUAACCAGCGGAGGCAGCGAUUGGCCCAGGACUUCCUGAUGUGGAUGGAUCAGACUGGAGAGCUCCUCUCAUUGGCCGAUAGGCAGGAAGUGGACCCCGUCAAACAGGAGCGGAUGGAGCGUUUAGAGCGUCAGACCCGAGAGAUGGACCAGGGCCAGUACUCCGAGUUCUGUGAGAGUCGGCAACUCAGCUUCGCCAAGAAGGCGUCUAAGUUCCGCGACUGGCUGGACUGCAGCAGUCUGGAGCUGAAGCCCAACAGCAUCUCCAUGGAGAUCCUGUCCUACCUGGCCUUUGAGACGGUCGCCCAGAUUGUGGAUUUGUCUCUGUUGGUAAAGCAGGAAAUGACUGCACAGACGAAUCCCAUCAGUCAUGUGAUCUCUACCAGCUACAUCCAGUACAACACUCACACUGAGGUUAAGAAGGAUCCAGACUCCCCUGAAGCCACGCCCCCUUCUACUCCAGGCUCCUCCCACUCGUCAAAGCCCCUCCCACAGGGUAACGGCAGCCUGGACGGCCGGGCGAGGCAGAGGAAACGCAAAAAGAGCUGUCCGGCUGCAGUGGAGCCUCCCAGUGGAGCCAUCCAGCCCGGCCACGUCCGAGAGGCCAUCAGAAGAUACAGCUACAGACACACGAGUGCCUAUUGGAGGAGGGGGAUGGUCUUCCUCGCCUGCUGAUUGGAGAAGAGGGACGGUUUGCAGGAAUAACUUUUUGUUCUUCUGUUGUAAUAAAAACGUCAUUUUUUUUUGAAAAACAAAUAAAAUACUUGAUGCAGUGUC